CCUCGCGGGUGCCCACAAGCGCCGGCGCGACGAGGCGCUCGAGUCAUGGCGUCAGCACCCGAUCCUCCUGUCCAUCGUCUACCACGGUACCGCCUUCCUGUUCCAACCCAAAAGCUUGCGCCUUCCGUCUGUUGCUAAAAUUUGGCACCAGGAUAGAUUGCAGGAGGUCACUGAUGGCGAACAAGAUCUAUGUGAGGCAAUAACCGAUGGUGAGGAGGAUGCGAGGGAGGCAACGACAGAGGACGCAAGCGCCGGGGAGGUCAGUGACGAUGAUCAAGAAAGCUGCACAAAAGACUUAUCUCUACUUGUUACCCCUGCAACUGUGUUAUCAGUCUGAGGACACUUGAGUACAGCAGCCACCGUGAUGGUUCUAUAUACACGGGCUGCCGUCACUGGCAAAAGUAUUUUCGUAUUGCCGACCGUAACGAGGCUUCCUUGGAAGAACCCAACAAUGGAUUUGAGAACCCUGAAGCAUUGUGUAGACCAGGUAACAUGUGGCAAGUUUUCUCAAUUAAGUUGGUUAAACUUCCCGUGGAUGGUGGCCCUGUGGAAUUGUAUGGAUACAUUGCGGCGCGUGAUCAUGUGGAUUCAUUACUUAAUUAUAUCGUCAAUAUUAGCAGGGAUGAGAGCAAAAGAACACGCCCCCGCUGUUCCUUCAUUCCAAUGACUGGCCCUAAGAGAGGGAUUGAUUUGACUGAAACCGUUCUAAUUGAAUAUGACGUGAGGAUUAAGACAGGAGAUAGAGAAGAAGAUGAUCAACAACUGAUUGAUGGGGCAUCGCUCUUGGACCCACUGAUCACAUACCGUGAACCAGUGGCAUGUCGCAUACAUGGAAAUAAUAGCGCAGUUGACGUGACUAACAUGCAUGCUUACUACGCGGUGGAUGCGACAGUGGAGGUUGUUGUGUUCAAAGUGCAGAGUAGUUUUGAUUUGUGUGUCAGCUAUUUUACCGGUGGAUUACAUGAGGAGAUUCGGCUCUUUGAUGGUAUGAUUGUGGGGUCACAAGCUUUAACGAGGCAUGUGAUUGCUGUUACGGCAUACGAGUGUUUGGAUUUGAAGUUGAAGGUAGGUCCAGUGUCUUGUGAGGAAGAACAUUGCCGUUCCUUCAAAGUGAUGGACGAUGGAUACGCCAGUCAGCAAAUAAAGACCAAGUUCGCCUCAAUCUUUGUGAAGGUGACUUGGCCGGCUGCUAGUAUUUAGUUUUUCGGAAA